UGGCCACAUACUCAUUUCUAUCUAAUUAACUGUGCAUUUACGUUCAGCUGUUUCUUAUAAUCUUGGUGUGUUGUCGUUGUAUCGGCGGGCUUUGGGGGCUAUAACGUCACCAGGCGGACUCCGUGGGCGACGGGCCACAUGGCUUGUAACCGGCUUGGCCUCAACGCAAGCAGUUAAACGCUAGCCUAGCUAACGUUAGCCAACUACAGAGGAAGGCGAGCGAAAACCUUUCUGAUUCUGGUACAAACGUUGACUUUUCUCAACGGUUAUUAUCGUUUAACAGGGUCUUUAAAAUUCCAUUGGAAUCAAUCGUCCUCUUCAACGGUCAGCGAUGUCCGCUAGCAACGACAACGGCGCUCGUCUCACCCAGUUCAAAAACAAAGGGAAAGAUGUCAAUGAGCUAAGACGAAGACGAGCGGAAGCCAAUGUGGAGUUACGGAAAGCAAAGAAGGACGAUCAGAUCCUAAAGAAGAGAAACGUCCAGAGCCUCCUGGAUGGGCCCACCUCUCCUCUCCAAGAGAACGCGCAGCACUGGUCUCUGGAAGAGAUUGUAAGAGGAGUAAACAGCCAGAACCUAGAUGUUCAGCUGCAGGCCACACAGGCAGCCAGGAGGCUCAUCUCAAGAGAAUCACAUCCACCUAUUGACAGCAUAAUUGCUGCCAACCUUAUCCCGAGGUUCGUUAGUUUUCUGGCUCUGUCUGAGUUCCCCCCCAUCCAAUUUGAGGCAGCUUGGGCCCUGACCAACAUCGCCUCGGGUACCUCAGCCCAGACCUCCGCCGUAGUGGAGGGUGGGGCCAUCCCAGCAUUCAUCAGUCUGGUGGCGUCACCCCACCCGCACAUCAGCGAGCAGGCCAUUUGGGCCCUGGGUAACAUCGCAGGUGAUGGACCCAACUUCAGAGACCUCGUGAUCAAACACGGCGGUCUCAAUCCACUCCUAUCCUUGCUGUCUGUCCCCGAUCUCAACAUGUUCCCUUCUUGCUACCUGCGCAACAUCACCUGGACGCUGUCCAACUUGUGUCGGAACAAGAACCCGGCCCCUCCUCUGGUGGCGGUGCAGCAGCUGCUCCCGGCCCUGGUGCGCCUCCUGCAACACAACGACGGGGAGAUUGUGGCGGACGUCUGCUGGGCCGUGUCCUACCUGACCGACGGGUCCAAUGAGCGGAUCGAAGUGGUGGUGCAAGCCGGCUUGGUGCCCCUCCUGGUGCAGCUGCUGGCCUGUGGGGAGCUCUCCAUUGUGACUCCAGUCUUGCGCUCUCUUGGCAACAUUGUGACUGGGACCGACGAGCAGACGCAGUGUGUCCUGAAUGCAGGGGCUCUGGCGAUGUUCCCCAGCCUGCUGCGUCACCACAAGCCCAAUAUCCAGAAGGAAGCGGCCUGGACGGUGUCCAACAUCACUGCUGGCAAAGACACCCAGAUCCAAGAGGUUGUCAAUGCUGGCCUGAUGCCAAUCCUCGUGGAUAUCUUACAUCAGGGAGACUACAAGACUCAGAAGGAGGCUGUGUGGGCUGUCACCAAUUACACCAGUGGGGGAACAGUGGAGCAAGUGGCCUUCCUGGUCCAGUGCGAGGUGCUGGCGCCUCUGCUCAACCUGCUCAACGCCAAAGACAGCAAAAUCAUCCUGGUCAUCCUUGAUGCCAUCUGCAAUAUUUUUCAGAGAGCACACAAAACCGGUGAGACUGAAAAACUCUGCAUAAUGAUCGAGGAGUUGGAUGGUUUGGAAAAGAUCGAGGCACUUCAGUCCCAUGACAACGAAGCUGUCUACAAGUCCUCUCUGAACAUCAUAGACCGAUUCUUCUCUGACAAGAAUGAAGCUGAUGAGUCUGUAGUUCCUGAAGCUACUGAAGACAACUUUACCUUCCAGCUCCCCACGGACCAAAGCACUUUCAAGUUUUAACAUAGCCAGCACUCUAUGUACACUAGGUCUGUUAAUAUUUUUGUAUUCUUCUUUCGGAAUUUUAUCCUUGUAUGUCCCAGUACAAAGACUAAAUACCCCAAUUUCAAAUGAGUAUUUGUAAAUAAAUGUUACUCAUGCACAAGUUACUUUUCUUUAUAGAUGUUUCAGAAAUAAACAACCUUUGCACAGGG